GGGAGGGGGAGAGAGCAGCGCAGCAGCGGGCAGCCACCAGCCAGCCCUGAAACCCAGAAAUAAAGGCGAACUUAGCUUGCAUACGCAAGAAAAAAAAAUCUACUUUGGUUAUCGACAUGGUAGUUCGCACAGACCAACAUACCGUUCCGGGGAUUUAGACGACAAAGCUGGGGGCGUUUGUGGACUCUACUCGAGACGGCGCAAAACUCAGAGGGAAAGAAAACAACAACACUGGAAAAAAGACGGGGAUUACACACAACACUGACAAUAAAACAACACUCCGCGACAAGUAGUCUGCCUGGUGCCGAGGGUGAAGUCCGAACCAAAAACAGGAAAUAUUGGUGAAUUUGCAUUCUGGUGGACAUAUUGUUAAUGUUCAUUAACAAGUAGCGUUUCUGCGUGAACUUUAAACUCAGGAAACAAUGAAGACAUAGCGAGCAAGAACUCAUCAAGUGUCUCGAAGCUGCUAGCCAUCCCGCUAGUGUUAGCCUGGCUCUCUGGUAGCGAGCGAAUGCAAAGCUAACGCCCGCUAGUGCAGGCAAGUAAGCUAAGUUAGCUGUCGGCUAACGCUAGCUGGCUAGCUAAACGCGAUUUUGAGAAACUUUUGGUGUUGUUUCCCCGGAGCCCAAACACUGAAGGAUUACUGUGAGAACGGAGGGGAAGGGCAGGUUCCCUUCUGGACUUUUUCCCCUCUACCUAUUCUUCUAAUAUGAUGGCUGCGGAGGUCAGCAGUGAGGAUACGGGCUCGGUCACGACGGGGACAGGGGUGGCAGGCGGAGGAGGCCCGGAGACGGCCCCUUACCCAUACUAUCCCAAGCCGAGUAGAGUGCGAGUCACUGAUUUGGGACAAGGACCGACACCAGCCCUCCGCCAACAUUCAAACACCUCUCCGGACUCACUUCCCGAGAUGAGUAUGAUCUAUCCCAUGUCUGGGGUGGAUGUGGCCGGGGCACUGCUGUCCGCAACAGGGAGUGGCGGAGCAGGAGGUGGACAUUCAGUGUUUCAAGGAACAAGCUCAGGGACAGCGGGCGGCAUGUGCAGCUCUCCCACUUUGGAGGGUCCAGCUAGUCGGAUUUCACCCACAUCAACAGGCCCGGAUGGGCCCAGUGUCUUCCCCCCACUGCCACCACCUCCUCCUCCCCCUCCAGGCUGUGGGGGGCUCGGCGGCACCAUGGAUGAAAGCGACAUGCAGGAUGGGCCGGAAUACGAGGAAGAAGAGGUGGUGUUCCCCCUCUCUGCACCUCCCACGAACCAGUGGUACCAUGGCAAGCUAGACCGAACCAUUGCUGAGGAGCGUCUGCGCCAGGCCCGGACUCCUGGCAGCUACCUCAUCAGGGAAAGUGACCGCCGGCCCGGUUCCUUUGUCCUGUCUUUCCUCAGUAUGACCAAUGUGGUCAACCACUUCAGGAUAAUCGCCAUGUGUGGGGACUAUUACAUUGGUGGGCGGCGGUUCUCGUCUCUAUCGGAUCUGAUCGGUUACUACAGUUAUGUGUCUUGCCUACUAAAAGGAGAGAAACUGCUAUCACCAGUGGCACCUCCAGAGCCUGUAGAGGACAGGAGGAGAGUCAGGGCCAUACUUCCAUACACCAAAGUGCCAGAUACUGAUGAGAUCAGCUUCCUGAAAGGGGACAUGUUUAUUGUUCACAAUGAACUGGACGAUGGCUGGAUGUGGGUGACCAACGUUCGCACAGAGGAGCAAGGGCUCAUUGUGGAGGAUCUUGUUGAGGAAGUGGGCCGGGAAGAAGAUCCACAUGAGGGAAAAGUCUGGUAUCACGGAAAGAUCACCAAGCAAGAGGCCUACAACCUUCUGAUGACAGUCGGCCAGGUGUGCAGUUUCCUAGUCCGGCCAUCAGACAACACACCUGGGGACUACUCCCUCUUUUUUCGCACCAAUGAAAACAUCCAAAGGUUUAAGAUCUCCCCCACCCCCAAUAAUCAGUACAUGAUGGGGGGGAGGUACUACAACAGUGUUGAUGACAUCAUUGACCAUUACAAGAAAGAACAGAUUGUUGAAGGCUACAACCUAAAAGACCCAGUUUCAGUGCAGCACCAGGAACAAGUACUUACUGACACAGUGGAUGGGAGAGAAAUUUAUAACACUAUCAGACGGAAAACAAAAGACGCUUUCUACAAAAACAUUGUCAAGAAAGGCUACCUCCUGUUCAACAAAGGCAAAGGCAAACGGUGGAAGAACCUUUACUUCAUCUUGGAGGGAAAUGAUGCACAACUCAUUUAUUUUGAAAGUGAGAAGAGAGCCACAAAACCCAAAGGGCUGAUUGACCUAAGUGUGUGCUCUGUGUAUGGUGUGCAUGACAGUCUGUUUGGCAGGCCAAACUGUUUCCAGAUUGUUGUCCAGCACUUUAGCGAGGAACAGUACAUAUUCUACUUUGCGGGAGAGGCUCCAGAGCAGGCACAGGAUUGGAUGAAAUGCCUUCAAACGUUCUGUAGUAACCUAAGGAAAACCACUCAGCCCACCUCCAACAAGAGGCUUAGACAGGUGAGCAGCCUGGUGCUUUACGUGGAGGAGGCCCACAAGCUGCCGGGGAAGUAUUUCACCAACCCCUACUGUAACAUCUACCUGAACAGUGUCCAGGUUGCUAAGACGCACCCGAGGGAGGGGCAGAACCCCGUCUUUACUGAGGAAUUCAUCUUUGAUGACUUAUCCAGUGAAAUUAACCGAUUUGAAAUCAGCCUGAGCAACAAAACAAAAAAAAGCAAAGAAAGUGACAUCCUGUUCAUGCGUUGCCAGCUAAACCGUCUUCAGAAGGGCCAAAUGAUUGAUGAGUGGUUCCCUCUCAGCUCCCAUGUUCCUCUGAAGGGCAUCGAGCCGGGCUCCUUGCGUGUACGUGCUCGCUACUCCAUGGAGAAGAUCAUGCCUGAAGAGGAAUACAGCGAAUUCAAGGAGAUGAUCUUGCAGAAAGAGUUCCAUGUCAUCUACGCUUUGGCUCAUGUGUGUGGUCAGGACCGCACCCUGCUGGCGAGCCUCCUUCUGCGCAUCUUCAGACACGAGAAGGCUGAAGCCCCAUUACUCAGGACGCUCAAUGACAGAGAAAUUAGCAUGGAGGACGAGGCCACAACAUUGUUCAGAGCGACCACGCUGGCCAGCACGCUGAUGGAGCAGUACAUGAAGGCCACAGCCACACCCUUCGUCCACCACGCUCUCAAAGACACCAUCCUCAAGAUAAUGGAAAGCAAACAGUCCUGUGAGUUGAAUCCUUCCAAACUGGAAAAGAACGAGGACGUGAACCUGAACUUGGCUCAUCUCCUCAACAUACUGUCUGAGCUGGUAGAGAAGAUCUUCAUGGCUGCUGAGAUUCUACCACCGACACUGAGGUUCAUCUACGGCUGUCUACAGAAGUCAGUGCAGCGGAAGUGGCCCAACACCACGAUGCGGACAAGAGUUGUAAGUGGCUUUGUCUUUCUAAGACUGAUCUGCCCCGCCAUCCUCAACCCCAGAAUGUUCAACAUCAUUGCUGACCCUCCAUCUUCAACGGCAGGCAGGACCCUCACUCUGGUGGCCAAGUCUGUCCAGAAUCUGGCCAACCUCGUUGAAUUUGGUGCUAAGGAACCCUACAUGGAGGGUGUGAACCCUUUCAUCCUGUGCAACAAACAUAGGAUGAUCAUGUUUCUGGAUGAGUUAGGGAAUGUUCCUGACCUCCCUGAAGCCACAGAGCACUUUAGGACGGACCUGUCCCGGGACCUGGCUGCGCUACAUGAGGUCUGUGCCACACACUCAGACGAGCUCCGGACGCUGAGCAAUGAGAGGGGCGCACAGCAGCAUGUGCUGAAAAAGCUGCUGGCCAUCACAGAGCUCCUCCAGCAGAAGCAGGCUCAGUAUGCCAUGUCCAACAGCAACAGGAUAGAGUGCACCAUCAUGUCUCUGGCUGCUGCCAUCCAGGUAAUGUGAGAUAUUUACGGAUUUCCCCCUGAGAAUCAAAGUGCGGUAGUCAGACCGCACAGCCAGCCAAAGUGAGGCCUCAUCCCAUGAGGUGCACAACCGAAGACUGAAGUGAGUUUGUACUUAUAAGCAUGUGGCCUAGAUUCCUGGCAGUACAAAUGCAAUACGGCUGUUCUCCGUGGAAAACCACUUGCUGCAUAUCUGAAUACUGUCCUUCCAAAGCCCUUUCCAAAAUGCUUCAGACACCAUCAGUGUGUUGAACUUUGACAAGUAGCCUUGUCGUGUGAGACCUUGAGGAGUUGAUUUCUACGAAGAUCUGAGAUACAGCGAACUGCAGAAAAGUCUGAACUUCUUUUCUCCUGGUAUUCCUGCCACUCCCUCAGAAGUGGUUGGUGACUGACACGGAGCCAGACACCCUGAUCGGCCGCUCCUUUCUUUGGAAAACAAAACUUGUAAUGACAUUAGAGGGGAGGCAAUCCAAAGCAUCGAAGUAGCGUUUUCUGCUGUCAUCAGGGAAUUUAAACAUAGCACCUCUUUCCAAGACGACACAAGCCUUAACUCCCUUUCUACUCACCGUGCCCUCACCCACGUCACCUGAUUUUAUGAUAAGCUCUUCCUCCAAACCAUUGAAAACUUCCACUGUCUUUGUGUAUAAACUUCCACGCAGCACUGGAACCACUUGUUACAUUUUUAUACACUGCAUUGUUUGUUGAUAUUAUCUGCUUAGGCUUCUAUAGAAAUAAAUUGUGUUUGUGUAUGAUGUAGCUGAACAGAGCUGAAAGAUAGUCAAAGCGUUUGUAGGAGAUACCUGUAACCUGUCCUGUGCAUGUGUUAACCCUGAAUGGAUCCUGCUAUCGUGUAUGGGCCUACAUAUAUGCUGCUCUAACAACCAUCACCUGAACUCCUUCUAUGCCUUUUGGAUGUAAAUGAAAGCUUUCAUGCAUUGCAGUCUCUCUCUCGCUCUCUCACUAUCACAGGUGGGGUUUUCAACACACCUGUGCACCGACUGUUUUCAUAUAGAUCCACCCUGAGAAGUCAUGCCAUGCACAGAUUUAUCAAAGUCAUGAGGGUCGGCCUCGUGUGCCUCCUUAAACGAUCCAAGCAGCUGCAAAGUGAAUCUGUGCCUGUCAUAGCUCAAAAGUUUACCAAACUGUUAACUGUAGUUGCACUUAAGAUACCACGGACCUCACCAAGUGUUAACAGACGAGUGGCAACGAAUCAGCCUGAGAGUCUCCUCAUCAGCUAUACCACUAUCAGCUGUGCUACUUGGUAUGGGUGAUGUAGGUAGCGAUGCGGCAUGCUGUUGUACUUCCUUUCUGUAUUUCAUACAGCUGAUGAUGAUGUGUUCCUUUUUAUUUUUCUACCUGAUACUGAACCUUGAACCUUUUGCAUCUUAGAUACGACAACUGGGCUUAAAUAAAACUGUUACUACAUAUGACAAUGGA